AUGGUUAAACGUGAAGAAAAGCCAUCACAAACACCUCCUUCACACCAUUUACCCAUUGAUCCCCAUUCAAGUGAUCACGUGCAACAACAACAACAUUCAACUAUAACAACAAAUAUGUCAUUAACAGCUGAACGUGAAGCCUAUUUACGAUUAGCAGCACAUUCAAUGGAAACUUCCAGACAAGUUGCACCUAAUUUUAAUAUUCAUUCACCAAAAGCUUAUGGUGGUUAUAUCACUAUAGAUAUCUAUAAACAUAUAGUUGUUGUUCUUGUUGUUGUUGUUGUCAAUAUUAUCGUUAUUGUUAUUUCACUCAUAUCUGACAUGGAAGGCGAUGUUGUCUUGCUUGGAUUAAUGGGCUGGAAUGCCGCUGCAUCAACGGCAACACAGUUUAUACCAUUCCCAACGACAACUGAAGUGUGCUAUGAAUUGUUGACAGGAGCGCCACCCCCACAAAAUCAUGCUGGUCCAUAUGAUCAACAAAGAACAACGUAUGUAAAUGGUUUAUCAUCAUCAUCAUUUGAUCAAGCUCAACAACAAACACUUAGUGAUACAAAUUUGUACAUAAAAAAUUUACCACCAGAGUAUUCUGAUAAAGAUCUUGCUGCCCUAGUCGAAGGUUGCGGUAAAAUUAAAUCAAUGAAAGCAAUCAUUGAUAAACAAACAAAUAAAUGUAAAGGUUUUGGUUUUAUUGAUUUUGAAUCCCAUGAAGAUGCACAAAAUGCAAUAACUGAAUUACAAAAAAAAGGCUAUACAGCACAAUUAGCUAAAUCAUCUCAACAACAAGAACAAGAUGAAACAAAUUUAUAUUUUGCUAAUUUGGAUUUAAAUAUGACAGAACAAGAUUUACGACAAGCAUUAAGUGACUAUGGUAAUGUCGUUAGUGUACGAAUUUUACGUGAUCAACAAAAACAAUCACGUGGUGUUGGUUUUGCACGAAUGAAUGAUAAAAAACAAUGUCAAGAAAUUAUUGAUCAAUUCCAUAAUAAAACUUUUCCAAAUUUUACUGAUAAACCUGUACAAGUUAAAUUUGCUGAUGCUAGUAAAAAUAAAAAAUUAUAUAAAUCAGGUUUAGAUGAUAUGAAAAGUGGUCCUCCAUUAUAUUCACCAAUGGAACAAACAGGAUCUUAUCCACCACAAGCAGUUCUCUAUUCACCAUGGACACAAAUAUCACCACAACAAGUUCCAGUUCAUACACAAUCAGCACCUCAACAUCCAAUGUAUGGUACAGCGGCACCAUUACGAUCGACAUUAACAGGUUAUAAUCAUCCUAUUCCGUCCUAUAUGCAAUCAACACCUGAAAAUGGUGGCGCUUUUGUAGUACCAUUACCUGUACAACAAUUACAACAAUUACAAAUAGCCAAUGGUCAUCCUGGAGCAUAUUGUGUUCCCAAUCGCAAUCACAACCACAACAUGAUCAAUAAGUGA